AGAUGUGGACUUCCUUUUUCUCUCGCUGCCAAUCAGAGUAACUUUGCCAUCUCUCUUCCCUAUUUCUACCCUACCAAACAAUAAUCAUCGAAACGGCGUCGUUAAACCCUGGUUCACUUCACCCGAAAUCAAGUAAAACCCUAUUAUUUCGUUUCAGGUUUACAGAGAACAACGCUUCACAAACAUGGAGGAAGAAGAAAGCGAGAAGAGAGUAGUGAGAAUAUUCGUCGGAGGAAUAGGUGAAGCCGUAACCGCCGAUGACAUUCGCCGGCUUUUCGAAUCAUUGGGAACCGUUCAAUCACUCGAAACCAUUCGAACCAAAGGUCGUAGUCAAGCUUACCUCGACUUUCUCUCCGAUCCUAAAUCCCUUUCAAAACUUUUCAGCAAGUAUAAUGGGUGUGUAUGGAAAGGUGGAAAGCUGAGACUUGAAAAGGCUAAAGAGCAUUACCUUGAUCGUUUGAAAAAAGAAUGGGAACAAGAUGCAAUUCUUAGUAGCAAACCACCAGCUACUGAUCUUUCUACUCAAAAGGAGGAUUUGGAAAAGGAAAAGCCUAAUGCAAAACGCAUUUUGGAUUCAAAUGCAAAGACUCUCAAUAUUUUCUUCCCAAGAUUAAGAACGGUGAAAUCCAUACCAUUCAGUGGAACUGGCAAGCACAAAUACAGUUUCCAGAAUAUUAAAGUUCCUCCUCUCCCUGUGCAUUUUUGUGAUUGCGAGGAACAUUGUAGUCCUUUUAUCACAAAAAGGGAAAAGUUAUCUAUGAAUGCGGAAGCAGAAAAUGGGGGAAUAAAUGAUGAAGAAAUUAACAUAAUGAAUGCUGUGAUGAACAGGCUUUUUGAAAAAGAAAAGGUUUCUAACACCAAGCAUCAUGAAAACAAGCAUGAUUAUUUUCAAUCUCCUGAUGCUUUACAUUCUAAUGAACGUGAAGUAGAUAGUGUUGCUUUACAUUCUAAUGAACGUGAAGUGGAUAGUGCAACAGAUGAUGAUGAUGAUGAUGAUGAUGAUGAUGGUCUCAUAAUCAACAUCGCAACGAAGAAAAAUAAACCAGCUUUAACAGGGACCCGAGAACUUGAAAAGAUCAUGGAAAGUCAGGAAUGGUCCAAGAAAGCAAAUAUUGCAGAGGAAGAACCCAUUGAAGUGCAAAAAAGGAGUAACAGCGAUCCUAACAAGGGCAAGAAGAGAAAAACACUUCCCAAAUCGGAAAACAAUGAGGGUGUGUCUAGUACCACUGUUGGCAAGAGCAAAAUGCAGACCCAUCUAGAUGAGCUGGGCCCUGGUGCACAGCCUACUGAACCAGGAUAUGAUUUUGGGGAAUCAGCUAAAGUUUCAUGGUCUCAGAAGUCUUCAUGGAAAGAACUUGUUGGGAAAGGUGGCAAUGCUGCCUUCAGUGCCUCUCUCAUAUUACCAAAGUUUGAUUCUGGUAAAGAUCAACAAAAUUCCGACAGUUCUUGCACAUCCUCAUCUACAAACGAUGAAACUGAAGACACGGAUGAAGAUGAAACUGAAGACAUGGUUGAAGAUGAAACCGAAGACACGGUUGAAGAUGAAACUGAAGACACUAUUGAAACUGAAGACAUGGAAAGUGAUGAAUAUCUAGAGAGCAAACCUUUGAAUGCACAAGUGAUAGAAGAGCCUGAUGAAUCUCAACCGACCAACACACAGGUGAUAGAAGAACCUUUUGAAGCUAAACCUACCGAUACAAGAUUGAUAGAAGAGCGGGUUGAAUCUCUACCUACCAAUACACCGAUGAUGGAAGAACCUGCUGAAGCUCAACCUAACAAUAAACAAGUGAUAACUGAACCUGCCGAAACUCAGCAUAACAUGGCACCAAAAAUCACUGGCAGAGGUGCUUCAUGGAUGAAAAAAAAAUCCUGGACCCAACUGGUUAAUGAGAAUAACAGUUCAUUUAGCAUUUCACAAAUUUUGCAUGACAUUACUUUCCCAGAACAAAUGGCCACGGAACCCAUUUUGUACCCUGUCAAUUCCAAUGAUUUCAAGCAUAAUGGUGCUGAUAAGAAUACUGUUAAUGGAACUUUCAUUAAUGGCUUCAACACAAGAGAGAUUGUACCAGAGAAUAGGGAGCAUGCCGCCGGUGCUGAUGAUAUAGUUUCUGCUCCUGUAGUCAAGAAAACAGUUGAAACAAGUCCAACGGAUAAAUCCCAUGCAAAUGUUCAAAUAGGAGAUACUUGCUCAUUUAUGAGAAGUGCUGCUUCUUUGAAAGAGUGGGCAAAAGCUAAAGCUUCUGUUAGUGGAUCACUCAAAAGAAAACGCGGUGAGAAGUAAAGGCAUAAUUUUCCAUACAGCAGAAACAGGACUGUUAAGCUACUACUUGCAUGAUCUUUUACAUGGUUUUGACUUCAACAAACAUAAAUUGGUCUUUGCUGUUAAACACUUGGUGUAAUGUGAUGAGGUGAUUAAUAACUCUACAUCAUCAAUUAAUUUUAUGUGAUAGCCAUGUGGUUUUUCAUCAAUUCUAUGUUUCUCAUUUACUUUUUACACAAUUAUCAUUCUGGUACUGUAGUACAUGCCCGUUUGAGGACAGGUUUUCAAUGCUGAACCAAGGUCGCAUGGACAGUUAUAGAUUUCUUUUGUUAGAGGUUUGGAUUGCCCUAUUUUUCACUUAAA